UUGCUACUUCCAAAGUGUGCAGAAAUGAUGAAAAGGAAUGAUUAUAUCAUCGAGAAAAAUGUGACAAAGGCGUGAAAUGGUCUCUCUUCUCUUUCCAGUCAUUCUUUCCACGGCAACGGGCACCCAAAUCUAAAGACCCCAUUCCCACUCACUCACCGCUGAUAUGCUCUAUAACAUCACCGGAUUUCCUCUUGCCCGGCAGCCCGAUCCCCGUUUUCCGGCGACCCAGAAAUGGAAAAAGAACCCCUCCUCCCAUACGCGUCCUCCCCAAGGACACCGCCGCCGCUCUCCCUCUUUUCCCUACCGGAAGACACUGAAAUCACAAUCAUCCCCCACUCCCACUCCAUGACCCCUUCAGAAUUCAAAGAAAAGCUCAUUUUCGGGUCUCCUCGAGCCCCACGAAAAGAAUUGAAAAUACCCAAUCCUGACGAGGCUUUUAAACCGGACCCCAAAUCGAACAUCGAUCGUAUGAAUUACCCAUCGCGGGAAAAAAGCAAUCUUCACAGGAGCAGGACGGCACCCGCCAUGGCUACAAUGGAUGAUGUUCAGCAGCAGCAGCUGCAGCACUGCUCAGGCAAACCACAAUUCGGGAACCAGUCAAUUGUGAGGCAAUCGGUGAUGCUUUUGAUGGUUUACUUGAUUCUUGGUGUGUCAGUGUAUUCUUUCUUAAGGGGAAAUUUUAAAGGCUCAGAGACUCACCCCAUUGUUGAUGCUUUAUACUUUUGUAUUGUCACCAUGUGUACUAUUGGCUAUGGGGAUAUUACACCCACUACCCCUGCUACAAAGCUGUUUUCCAUUCUUUUUGUGCUAGUAGGGUUUGGGUUUAUUGACAUUUUGUUGUCCGGGAUGGUCGGUUAUGUGCUUGACUUGCAAGAGAACUAUCUGUUGAAGAAAAUCAAGUGUGGGGGUUCACAUGAUCCCGGUUCGUAUAUAAUAGAUGUGAAGAAAGGUAGAAUGAGGAUAAGGAUGAAGGUGGGGUGUGCAUUGGGGGUUGUUGUUCUAUGUAUAGGGAUUGGCGUUGGGUUUAUGCAUUACGUUGAGGAGCUGGGGUGGUUGGACUCGUUCUACCUGUCAGUUAUGUCAGUUACCACUGUUGGGUAUGGGGAUAGGGCAUUUGAGUCACUAACAGGUCGAAUUUUCGCUUCCGUUUGGUUGCUCGUGUCGACGCUUGCGGUUGCCCGAGCCUUUCUGUACUUGGCGGAGGCGAGGGUUGAUAAACGGCAUAGGAAGAUGGCGAAGUGGGUGCUCGAUCAGGAUAUGACUGUUGCUCAAUUUCUUGCUGCAGACAUUGAUAACAAUGGUUUUGUGAGUAAAUCUGAAUUUGUGAUAUACAAGCUGAAGGAGAUGGAAAAAGUGACAGAGAAGGACAUAAUGCAGAUCUGCAAGCAGUUUGAUCGUCUGGACACAGCCAACUGCGGCAAGAUUACUCUUUCUCAUCUCAUGGUGUUCUGAUCAAUGGUUUGCAGCUAAUCAGUUGCAAGUGUACAAGCAAGCAGUAUAGAAAACAUUAAUAUCGUCCUAUACUUUACACCUUCCAUGAAUACUUCUUGGGGCAAGAAGAUAUAUUCAAGAUUUUAUCAUUUCAUCCUAUUUUCGAUGCAUUCAAAAGUUUUGUCACCUGUUAAUGAAUACACCAUUGGUCCCAAAUUACAAUGUUUCAAUUACUAUUCGUUAUGUAUAUCAUUCUUACCUCUUAUUUUUCAUUCAUGUGGAGUACCUUUUUA